UCAAGAUGGGUAAAUCAAAAGAUACAGAAGUUUUAAAUAGUUUUUCACCAAAAAUUAAGCCGUUUGUAGAAAGUUUAAUUAUACAGGGGAAAGGCACAGUAUGCUCUGGAAACAUGCAUGUAUUUGAUGCACAUAACAGUUGCCCAACAGUAGUCCAGGAAGCACAGUGUGACAGAUUUAAGCUUGUUAUCCCCUAUGCUGGACAAUCACUUACAUGGGAAAUUCUGUUUGACAACACUUUUCCAGAUGAGCCUCCUGAUUUCAUUUUUGGUCCAGAUGAUGAAGACUUUUUACCAAAUCUUGAAAAUAUUACGAGUUUGACUAAGUGGGAUCCAUCAAACAGCAGUUCAUUGUCAAUGGCUGUCCAUGAGCUUCUACGUGAAUUCCAGGUGUACAAUCGGCGCUUGGUUGAAACCAGUUCACGUCUCAAAUUUGAGUUUUCAUCUCUUCUAGAACAGACAAAUUUGACACCAGAAGAUAUAGAAAUCUAUGUCACAAGAUCAGAGGGCAGAAUGGGUUGUGUAAAAUUUUUGAUAAAGUUACCAGUCGACUUCAGUCAAAUUCCAGCAUAUUUAACAAAGGAUAACCCUGGAGAAGACUCGGCUGUUCUGUUACUGACGUUCCAGUCUCCUGAAGGAAUGAGAGUAACACCACAGCUGUUUCUCUCACCCAGAGUAGAAAAUGCUCUAGGUGGUUCUUGUAGUUUAAGAAUCCCAGCGUUUCCGUCUGGGGCACGUCUCCUUGAUUAUGUGCCGAAUGUGUUUGAGUUAUUGAGGCGCAAGGUUGAUUUACUGGUGCAAAGUCAUGAAAAGAAGAAGGACUAUGUUGCAGCAUUUCUUAGUAUGUUUGGAAGGUCUGUGUUGGAAUACGAUAUGGAGGCCUUCAGUACGAUAUCAUUUCUGUUUGAAUGGCACGACUUCUACUUCAUAAUAAACAUUGAACUGCCAAUGUACUUCCCAAAAGAACAGCCACAAUUUAUGUUUCAAUCGGUGUACCAUGAAUCAAAGGGAAAGCCGUACAUGCAGGUUUUUGAGGACUAUCCAUACAGUCCUAGAUGGAGUGGAAUAGAAAUGGCAGAAAGAGCAAGGUCGUUUAUCCUGGACACUAUUGGACAGUUCCAGAAAUCUUCAGUGUUGUCGGGAUCAUUGUGAUAUUUGCCGGGGACUAUCAUCUAUUUAUAUUAAAACUUAAAUAGAAUUUCUGUAAUAUAUUACCAUGAAUGAAACCUGACAAUGCAUCUCUCAGUUACUGAAAUGACAAAUGCUAAAGAAAGGCAAAGGUUUUGCAUAUGCGAAAGUGUUGAAGACUUAAAUGUGUCCAGUUUGUGCCAAGUUGAUUUCUCUACGGAGACCGACUGGAAGGUCUUUUAGGAUGAUUACUUUGAACUCACCAUCAUCUGUACAUGAUUGUACAUUAUGAGGGUAAUGUUUAGUGUCUGUUCUGCUGUAGGUGUCUUUGUCAUGUACUGCAAAUAUUGUGUUGUGUAUUUUACAAAAAAAUAUAUAAUGAAUUGCCAUCAAUGCUCAGUCUUACUGCUGAAUAUGGUGAACAUUCUUAAAAAUAACCUCUUUCUUAACCUUAAUGACUUGAUUCACCUGAGCAGGACUUGUAUGUUAUACCAGUGUUCAGUUGUUGCAUUAAAUGUGCUAUGUGAUCAUGAAAAUUAUGUUAAAAAGCAAGCUGGUGUUCCUAGAACAUAUUUUUAAACUCGACAGAUAGAAAUAUAAAAUAAAUCAACAAUUAUACAAACCUUGUUCUUUGAAAUUAGUUCAAGGAGAGUAAUUUUUAGCUCUCAAUGGCAUAUUAACUAAAGGAGGAGUAUCAUGAAAAAUAAGUGUUCUUUGUUGGAAAGAUGCCUAUCCAAAGUUCCUAUAUCAAUAUACACAUUAAAUUUUUUAAAAAGGGCAUUACCAGAAUUCAUAAAAAUACCUGAUUAUCACUACUUUAUGAAGAUUGCCAUUUUUACGAAAGGGGUGGUUUCCCCAAUAAGUGGAUGUGACGUACAGAGCUCGACCUUAGCGGUAGCCCAGGAUGCUUUGGCUACCAAUUUCUUACUGGGACUACCAGUUGUCCAACUCUGGUAGUCCGUUGGGCUACUAAAAUGUGUGGCAUGUCCAGUCACUCCACAAUCAUCGGUGUUUGAAAUUCCACCUUUCAUGUGCGCGCGCUGACUUACAGGUGGCGAUUGCUCAAUAAGAGUUAGUGAAGUAAAGGAGUAUAUUUGCCAGUGUUAAGAUUUGUUUUUUUAAAUAGCGCACCAAUACAAAUAAUUUGAUGUACUUCAUUGGCCAGAUAUACAGGGUUCGUACAGGUCAUGGAAAUCCUGGAAAGUCGUGAAAUUUUCGUUUGGGUUUAUUCGUAGUCGUUUAUGACAACAACACGGCCCAUUGUUUUGAUGCCUACUUAUAACUAACGCCUACUUAUAACUAACGCCUUGUAUCAUCAAGACUAUUUGCUGCUAGCUGAAGUCUAAACUAAACCGUAACUCUAGACUACCUAUGCAAAUUGUCAGAUUAUUGUUCACAAAAUUAAUAUCUAUUAUGUUAAAUUGACGUGACUGCUGAAAUGCAAUUUCUUGACCUACAGUAGUGUACGUUAGAAGAACCACACAUUCUACAUCCCUUCGGACUAGACCUACAGUAUACAAAGACAGUCAUUAAAGUCAUUAACAAAUAAACAAAAAAGAAAAAGAUUCGGAGAUAAGAUUUCUGAUUCAACAGCGAUCAUGAUGAAUUUGGUAUAAAAAACACAGUUUAUGGGUGAUAUUUUGCAGUAACUUCAGUUGGAACCUGUAGUUACAGCUGCUGACGAACAAACAAAGUAGCAAGUAACAAUGUGAUGGUAUGUCUUAGCACAUCGAGACGACAGGGCAGUACAAGUUGGUGAUUACUAGUAUGUGGCCACUUUAUACUGUCUGAAUCCAAUGUGUUUGGUGUCAGAAAAACAUGUGGUACUAAACUAUACAGACCAUUAUCUUUGACUGACUGUAACCGGAUCGAUCCGAUGUAGCAGAAUUAAUGUGUUGCCCACUCCCUGGGUGGCAUUCAUUGUUAAAAGCUAAAACAAUAGCUGUGUCUACUAAACAAUGAAAAUGUCAGCGUUUUUAUCAUUAUUCAAUUAAAUAUAUUUUUUUUAAUUGUUAUAAAAAAUUGUGUUAAAUAUAGUUGAGACUGGUCUAAUUACCUGUGGUCCAACUAAUGCAUUUCUUUCUUUAAUUUACCUGUAUAUAACAGCCGCCUGUUCAGGGUGGCCACUUUUUUUUCUUUUUUUUUACCAAAAUGAAUGGAUGAACCUGCUACAGUGGAAACAAAAUUACAAUGAUCACUAUGUUUUGUCAGAGUUGAACUUGUCAUAAUGCAGGGCUCACACUGGAACAAAUUUUGGUUUAGCCAAUUUUUAAAUGUGUACGUGUAUGACGAGUAUUUCCUUGAAAAUUAUUAAAAUGUGCUUAAUUUAAGGGAUAUUUUAUUAGCCAAAACCUAAAUGUGGCCACUUUUAAUAAAAAUUAGUAAUUGGCCAAUUUGGCCAUAUAUAGGGUGAACCCUGAUAAUGGUCACAAGAUAUAUUCCAAGGUGUGCAAUUGCUACUAGUCAGACAAGCAGUUGCGACAGUUUGCUACAAUGUUUGUUCAGCCAUUGCCACUGGCCUCGUUAUUGUACAGCGACUUCUUGCCUGGAACCUUUUGCAUCUUGUGGACCAACAGAAUGCAGUGGAAAGCAAUCAAAAGGUGAAUAGUAGUGACUUUUAAAAAAAAAACGUGAUUCAAUCAAUGUAUGCUUUGAAUAAAUAUUUUUCUCUUA